UGUCCCGCGGCGCGUGCGUCGCGCGCGUCGCGCGCGCGCCUCCAGUGGAGAACGGGAUCGUCGUGCAGUUAAAUGAUUUUACGCUGAGAAAUCCGCAGCGAUUGUCGGGGAAAAAAAAAAAGGUCAGGUGUUGCUGAAAAUGAAAUGUCCAGUUUCUUCCAGUUUCUUGACCUUUGCGAGCCCUUCUGCUGCUCUUCCCCCAGUGGGAUCAUCAGCCCAGGGAAAUAACCCUCUCGCCCACUGAAAUUCCCUGUUCACAACUUCCUACGCAAUGGCAUCCAGACCAGAUGAGAUACCAGCUUUGGAGUCGGGUACAUCGGGUGGCCUGUCAACUGGGAUGUCUCUACCCACUGGAAUGACACGCCGUGCCCUGAGCUAUGACGACGCCCUGGACGCACCCUUGGGCUCGCCUCCCUCGGACAUCAGUGGGAACGUCAUAUGGAUGAAGCCGGUGAUUCCAGAAAGAAAGUUUCAGCGCUUGGCAAAGGAGGCUGAAGCUGAGAGCUUCAUGAGUCACGCGGCCUCCUUCGAUGGCGCUGUUGCGAAAAAUUCUGUUUCUGUGGUGAAGGCCAAAGCUUCAGCUGUCAUCAUGAGUUCCCUCAUGACUAUUCACACCCAGGACAGCAUCCAGAAGUUUGAGCAGCACGCUGGACUGACGGACGCUGUCUACACUCCACACAAGGGCCUGACGGCAGAAGAAACCCGCUAUCACCGCGUGUCAGAGAAGUUGAAGGUGCCUGGUGGGGACUCCAAGGAGGGAAGGAAGGCAACAUCGGCACCACCCACCCCUUCUAUUACCCCAAGAAUCAUCACCCACACCUCCCCUAACCUGAAUUGCAGGAGCUGGUUCAGUCACAGCUCUACAGCCUUUUUCACCAGCUCUCAGUCAGGGAGUUUGAUCACCAGCACAGAAAUGGGGGGUAAUGAAGGUGGAGGCGGCAGCUUUGAUCGCUGGAGUUUCUUUGGGUCACGCCCUCUGGUGCAGAAGUCCUCCACUGAUCCAGGAGGGCUCAGUCUGCAGUCGCACCAGGGAGGCCAGAACACCACAACCAUGGAGGCAAUGAAGACUCAUGUCACUCGAAUGGCUGAGAGCCCUGCCAAUCUGUCAGCCCCUAAGUUAGAGAUCACCAGCCUGGAAGGCAAGAGACAAAUGCCCCGUCCACACAAGCUCAAACCCAGGGAUAUGAAUGUCCUCACACCUUCAGGCUUUUGAAUGCCAAGUUUGACCUCGUUUUAGCUGGUCUACCCUUCUCCACGGCACAGAGGUCCAAAAACUUCCCUGUCCUCGCAUCAGCUGCUUGGGUCCCCAUGUACUUCAGACAGUUUUGCCCUUUUCGUUUUCUUUAAAAACAAGGAAAUGAAAUUUUUUUUUCUUUUUUAAAUUGUUUCCUGAUUGAGAGGUUUGAGUUUCCGCCUUCCUGUUUUGUCAAAGGGGGAGUGUUAUCUUGACAAUGGCUUAUUUA